AUGCACGCUGCAGCUCCGUGGGGCGGCGCCCGCGUGUCGCGUCUGUGGUCGGCCAAAGGCGACGAGCGCUGCGCCCCACCGCACUCGGACGACUACAAAGAGUGGUCGCUCAUGCAACUCAAGCGCGAGAUCACGCAGCGGCAACUCAAGACGAACCCGCGCCGACGCAAUAAAGACGCGUUUGUGCGGGUGCUCCUGCAUCACGACGAAGCGCAGAAUCAGACUCAGACCGCGACUCAGACUUGCGGACCAAUCCCCGCGUCGACUGAUCGGCAAGAGACAGUCGACGAUCCGGUCAUCUUUGUUCCGACGUCGACGGCAGAAGUCCCGACUAUGUACGUUUCGACGACCGCAGACCAGCAGCACGAUCGUGUCUAUGUACAGCAGCAGCAACAACAACAACAACAACAGCAACAACAGCAACAGGAACAGCAACAGUUACAGUUACAGCAGCAGCAGCAGCAAUUACAGCAGCAACAGGUCUAUGGUACAAGCAGUCGAGAAGAGCUAAUGGUGCCACCGCCAGCGCAGGUCUUUGCAACGGUGGGCGGGAUGCCGACUGUUCCGCUAACGCCUCCGCCUUGUGCACUGGCCAGUCCAGCGACGUCUCGUCUGCAGACUCAGAAUCCGUCGUCCGGUGCUACGAAUGAAGUUGCAGCUUGUGAACACAGCGUCGAGACGGCCAAUAGCGCUCGGCAUCCAAAGCGACAGAGGAUAAAAGAGACGGCAGCAGGGGAGAGGGCUGCGAGUGAUAAGGUGACAAUGUUGGCAGCUGCAGAGGGGGCGAGGACUGGACCGAACACAAGUGCUGCUGCUACUGCUACUGCUACUGCUAGUGCUUCACAAGCAAGUGACAACGAUACGUCGACCGAGUACUUGAGACGAAAGCUGAGUCUGCAGGCAGCCCGUCUCGAGAUGGAGGGCCGACGUUUGGAGCUGGAAACGAAACGUGAAGAACGACAACGGGAGCUGCACACUGUGCACCUUGCGUUAGCACAAGAACAAUUGCAGCAGGCUAAGCUUACGACCCAGAAGAUGAAGACAGAGUGGAUUGUCGAGCAGAUGGUGCAGAAGAAGAGGUUGAAUGACGCUGGAGUUUCGCAGGAAGACUCGUCCGCAUCUCUAGGAACAUAUGUGUCAUGA